AAAGUCCUGGGAGUUACAGACUCAGGCAGCGUGUGCCGCACUGUAACUUUUGUUUUCAAAAGCUGUCCAAAAAAUUUAAAAAAAAAAUGGAUUUGUCUAUGAGGAAGGAGGAGUCUGCGUAUAAGUGUCAAUAUUGAUUUUCACGGAGGAAGUAAUUAGCGUGUGUCUAUAAAAAGUUUAAUUCAAUUUAUUGAAAAGCCGGAACAGGCAGUCUGACGGAAUUUGGAAGAAGCAAAACUGUUUUGUGAAAGAAGGGAACGACUUUUUCAAAACUGGACGGGAUGUGCAUGAUUAAUGUAGUUUCUAAAAAUGAAACACGGUGCUGUCUGUGUUCACGCAAAAUGUUUAUUUUUAGUCUUAAUUGCAUCAUACAAAUAUUUAUAACACUACUAUUAUAAUACAGUGGGUAUUGUCAUAAACACCUGUGUGCAUCUGUUUUUUCUUGAUCGCUUUACAAAGUUUGGUAUUGCAGCCUGACCGAUGCGCACAGUCGUUGGCUAUUAAGUACAACCACCACAAGCAAACCAUGGCAGGGGUGUACAACUCGACCAUGAAGACGCUUGAGGACCUGACCCUGGACUCAGGCUAUGGGGCAGGUGACUCUUGCAACUCCCUGAGUCUCUCCUCCGCCAAGUCCAACUUCAUCAGCGCUCCGCACAGGGGCAACUGGUGGUACUACUCGGGGUCUAUGAACAGCAGAAACAACAGCUGGGAUACCGUUAACACUGUCCUACCAGAGGAUCCGGAGGACAUCUUCUCAAAGUGCCCCAGGCUUCUGGAAUUGGAGGAAUUUCCCUGGACCGACGAGGAGGUGGGCAAGGUUUUGCGUAAAGGAGCAGGGAAGAGUGCUGUGUUUUCCCAAGAAGCUACCCGGAGGCUCUCCCUGCUGAUGAGGAGGGCUCUCAUUCGAAUUUCCAGGGAAGCCCAGCGUCUUAGCGUCAUGCACUCCCGGUGCACCCGCUUCGAGGUCCAGAGCGCCAUCAGACUGGUGCUCAGCUGGGCGCUCUCUGAAAGCUGCAUCUCAGCCACGGUCAAGGCUAUCUCUCUCUACAGCAUGAGCGCUGGAGAGUGGCUCCGCAAGGGAAAGUCGUCGCGUUGCGGGCUUGCCUUUUCUGUUGGCCGCUUCUUCCGCUGGAUGGUUGACACCCGCAUCUCUGUGCGCAUCCACGAGUACGCUGCUAUUUGUUUGACUGCCUGCAUGGAGGGGCUGGUGGAUGAGGUGAGGUCGCGGGUGCUGGCUGGACAGCAGCCGCAGCAUCACGAUGGAGGUAGCGGGAUCACGGGAGAAGCGCUGGAGAUUGUUGUCAACAAUGACGCAGAACUUUGGGGGGUCUUUCAGCCUUAUGAGCACCUAAUCUGCGGGAAGAACGCCAAUGGUGUGCUGUCCCUGCCUGCUCACUUCAGCCUCUACACAGAGGGCUCUUCAAACCCAGACAGCCGCGAGGACGCCUACGCACAGCUGGAGCUGCGCACCCUGGAGCAGGCGCUUCUCGCCACCUGCGUGGGCAGCAUCUCUGAGCUCAGUGACCUCGUCUCCCGGGCGAUGCACCACAUGCAGAGGCUGAGUGCGGUGCGGCCAGGCCUGAGCCCGGCUCGACACUGUCGUCAGCAGCCUGUGUCCUGGUCCCCCGACGCCCUGCACACCCUCUACUACUUCCUGCGCAGCCCCCAGAUGGAGUGCAUGGAGAACCCCAACCUCGACCCCCCCAGAAUGGCCCUCAACAAGGAGAGGCCCUUUCUCCUGCUGCCUCCGCUGAUGGAGUGGAUGCGCGUAGCCCUCGUGCACGCAGAGCACCGACGCAGCCUCCUGCUGGACAGCGAUGACGUCAGGCAGACCGCGCGGCUGCUGCUGCCCGGGCUGGACUGCGAGCCGCGACAGCUCAAGCCUGAGUGCUGCUUCACCUCCUUCAGACGUCUUGACGCCAAGGCAGCGACGGACAAGUUCCAGCAGGACCUGGGCUUCCGCAUGCUCAACAGUGGGAGGACCGACCUGAUCAACCAGGCUAUUGAGCUGCUGGGGCCCGAUGGGGUCAAUACAAUGGACGACCAGGGAAUGACCCCGCUGAUGUACGCCAGUUCAGCCGGAGAUGAAGCUUUAGUGCAGAUGCUGAUUGACGCCGGUGCAAACCUAGACAUUGCCGUACCUGGUUUCUCUCAUAAGCACCCCUCGGUUCACCCGGACAGCCGGCACUGGGUAUCCCUGACCUUCGCAGUCCUGCACGGACACAUCUCUGUGGUUCAGCUCCUGCUAGAUGCUGGGGCCAACGUGGAAGGUUUGGCCAUUAACAAUGGGGAGGACAGCAAUGCAGAAACCCCACUCCAGAUGGCGUCCGCAGCAGGGAACUACGAGCUGGUGAGUCUGCUGCUGUCUCGCGGUGCCGAUGCCUUGUCCAGAGUUCAUGACACCAGGGCUCUGACAUCAUCACUUUACGAGGACAUGAACUGUUUUAGUCACGCUGCUGCCCAUGGACACAGGAAUGUCCUGAGGAAGCUGCUGUCCCAGCCCCAGCAGGGCAAGGGGGACGUGCUGUCUCUGGAGGAGAUGCUGGCGGAGGGAGUGGAGGGGGAGCAGGCCCCAGUGUGCCAGCCGGUCAGCCCCAGUGAGGGACAGAUCAAGCUGUGCAAGGCCCGCAUGAAGGCCCUGCAGGAAGCCACCUACUACAGUGCUGAGCACGGCUACCUGGACGUUACCAUGGAGCUGCGCGCGCUCGGGCUCCCCUGGAAGCUCCAUGCAUGGAUCGAGUCCCUGCGCUCCUCGCACCUGCAGUGUCGGGACUCCGUCACCCUCACCCUCCUGCGGGAGUUCACUGCCAUCAAGGAGGAUGACUACUGUGAGGAGCUGGUCAGCGAGGGCCUGCCGCUCAUGUUCUCCAUCCUCCGAAGUAGCAAGAAUGAUGCAAUUAAUCAACAGCUGGCCUCCAUCUUUAGUCAGUGCUAUGGCAAAGGUCCUCUGCCCACGAUUCCUGAAAUCAAGAAAACGCUUCCAGCGCAAUUAGACAACCAUUUCCUGAAUAACGCAGAAAUGUCGGAUGUAACGUUCUUGAUAGAAGGGAAGCCAUUUUAUGCCCACAAGGUCCUUUUGAUCACUGCCUCCGACAAGUUUAAAGCACUGAUUGGCAAUUCUGAAGAUAAACAGGGUCGCAGCAAGAGCAUAGAAAUCAGAGACUUAAAGUACAAGAUCUUCCAGAUGAUGAUGGAGUACCUGUAUUGUGGCUGCACAGAGUCGCUGGUGAUCCCUGUUUCUGAUGUGCUGGAGCUUUUGUCUGCAGCCAGUCUCUUCCAGUUGGAGGCGCUCCAGAGGCACUGCGAGAUUGUCUGCACUCAGAGCAUCAACCCAGAGAACGCGGUCAGCAUUUACCACAGUGCCAAGAUGCAUAGCGCCACAGAGCUGGCCUCGUUUUGUGAAGGCUACUUCCUGCAGAGCAUGGGGCGGCUGCUGGAGCAGGAGGUGUUCCGGGCGCUGGUGUUCGGACGCAGAGGCAGGGUGCAGGGCCUGGAGCCCCUGGAGGAGCUGGAGACUGGGCUGGCCCGGAGGAUGCGCUCCAUCUACAUCACCUCCAGGGUGUGAAGCUUGGGGAGAGCUGUUUUAUCAUGGUACCAUUUUAGGAGCAGCACACAUUUAUUUGGGACAUAGAGAUUGUUUUUUAAACAGCUCUGCAUUAUGUCAAAGCUGUCAACAUAUUAAGAGUAUUUACAUAAUCAAUUCUUCUCAGAUAUACAAACUGUCUUGAUCAUGUACAGGGCAAUACAAGCAGAUUCAGUGUACACGACCAGAUGCAAUCCAAAUCAGUACUUUUACAGUGUUUUACAAUGAUUAUGUCUCUAGUUGGAGUAUACCGCUGCUGCCUCAGUUUACAUACCUCUGUUUGGAGUACACAGUGUGAGAAUAUGUACAAUCAAUCACUACUGUUAAUGCAGUUGGAAGGACAGAGAAUUAUUUUAACACAGUGAAUGCUACACCAGUAACAUCAGCACCAGCAACCUUUACUGGCUAUCAAAUCAUGGACACCUUUUCAUUAUAUUCACAAUCUACCAAUGGUCACCAGACAUCUAGAAUGCUUUACCCUUUCCAAAAGUGUAUACUGAAAAGACCUAGAGUAACCCUUAAUAAGAUGUUAACACAAGAUACAUAUUAAUAUAACAUGCAUAGAACAAAGUGAACCCAGGUCCCUUUUAUAUUGUAGAUAUGUGCACAAGACAUUCCUAUUUUAAAAGUCUGAUUUCUCAUUCCUCCAGCUAUCCUGCCAGCUAUUGGUACACUGUAAAUAAAAAAACUCCUGUAAUGCACAAUUUUUUAAUGUAUUUGAGUAGCUGAUUACACAACGAAGUGUCCCGUUCAUAAAGAGUUUGUCAUGGUACAUGGUACGCCAAUACUGUGCUGGAGUGGGAAUAGUUGUACUGUUUAUACCGUAUAGAUUUUGCAUUGAUAAGAGAUCGCUUCUUGCCAUGAUAUAACUCUGUUGUACUUUUCUAUUGUUAAUUCACAAAAUGAGAUACUGAGGUAGUGCAUUAGUAAAUGGUGCUUACGCAGGAUAGUGCAUCCAUAAUUCUGUCAACAUGACCUUUCACAGUUCCAUAUUUCAUGGAUUCUGUAAAUUCACAAAGGUACUUUUUACCCUUCAUAUGUGUCAUCACUGACACUGUAAAUAGUGUAUGUAAAUCCCCAUUGUGUAGCACUAAUGAACGUAUUACAGCUAAGCAGACAGGCUCUAGUAAACAUCAUGAACGAAUCCUGACUCCUGUUUUGUUUUUGUGCAACAACUGCAGCUGAAAUACUGCUGGUUGAACCUUGCAGUGGUUUUGUUAUCGACACAAGACCAACAAGUUUGUUUCACUUGUGACCUCAGCUGGAUUCAAACAAACUUUCUGCAAACUUUCUUAGCUUUCUUAAUAAUAGUACAAAAUCACAAGACAUGUUCCAAUCUAUUAC